UGCCAUCUGAUAUCCCAACAUGGGGCGAUAGCUCAGUUGGGAGAGCGUGCGACUGAAGUUCGCAAGGUCGCUGGUUCGAUCCCGGCUCGCCCCAUUUAUAUAUCCCAACAUGGGGCGAUAGCUCAGUUGGGAGAGCGUGCGACUGAAGUUCGCAAGGUCGCUGGUUCGAUCCCGGCUCGCCCCAUUUUUGUUUUGUCAUUUUGCUUCCUUCAUACUUACUCUCUAUGCAGAUUACACAAGUUGCCAUCAGAUAUCCCAACCUGGGACGAUAGCUCAGUUGGGAGAGCGUGCGACUGA